CUCUCGGGGCUCCAUCGGAGCGUCUCCUCUGGGCAUGGGCAGAGUGCUGCUGCUGCUGCUGGGCGCCGGCCAUGUUCGCGCAGGUCUUCGUGCUCUCCUGGCGGGGCGAGCGCCUCCUCCACAAGGACUUCCGAGGCGGCGGCGGCGCCUGCCAGGAGGAGGAGCAGGAGGACGGGGCCCCGUCGCGGUUGUCGGGUCCGGCGCUGGAGGAGGCCUUCUUCCGCGGAGUGGCGGUGCUGGCCCCCGACCAGGCCCCGGUCUUCUUCGCGGGUGGCGCCGGGGUCCACUUCACUCACGUCCGUCACGCGGGGCUCUUCUUCGCGGGCGCCCUCCGGCCGGGAGCCUCGCCCUUCGCCGCAGUGGAGUUCCUCAACAGGCUGGCCGCGCUGACCAGGGACUCCUGCGGAUCUCUCGAGCAGAAGGCCCUCGCCCUCAACGCCCCCCUCCUCCACGAGCUCCUGGACGAGAUGAUGGACUACGGCUACGUCCAGACGAUGGCCCCAGAGCUGCUGAGGAACUUUGUCCAGAUGGAGCCGGUCCUGGGCCAGCGCUUCAGCCUCCUCGACCUCAGCACCGUGGGCCUGGUGAGCAGGGCCCUGGGGACGCUUCCUGCGGCCCCCUCCUGGCCUUGCCUCCAGGGCUAGGGCCACCUUCCGGGGGGGGGGGGGGGGGGGAGGGGUUUAGGGCGAAGCCUCUUUGGGGGCAGGCAUCCCCCCCCAAAGCAAGGGCUGUGCUUGGAGCUGUGUCUGCCACCCGGGAGGAAAGCGCAGGAGGGGCAUCGGUGGCGGCAUCCCCUCCAGCCCCCGGGGCAUUCCUUGCUGGAGAGGUGGGCUUGCCUUCACAAGAGGAGGGACCAGAGGAUGGGGAGGAAGGACCCUCUGGAGGGGAAAGGCCUGGACUCAGCCGUAAGUGGCGCCCAGCGGGGGCUGCGCAGAAGGGGGAGCGGACACUCGUCAAAUGCUUUCAAGGCUGGCGUCUGGAGCUUUCUGUGGGUUCUCUGGACUGUGGCCGCAUUUGGGAAGAGUUUUUUGCUGACCCUUCAGCUGCGCCUGCGGCUGGCAUCUUCCGAAGGGAAAACCCACAAUCAGCUUUGCUGGAGUUUGGAGCAGACACGCAGCAAAGCAAGGUGGCCCCCAGUUCUGCAGCCGCCCGCCCAUCUCUGUCCCUGAGAGGGGAACAGGGGUCACGGCCAGAGAUUUUCCUGGACGUCGUGGAGCGUCUCACGGUGAUCAUUGCAGCAAACGGGACCCCCAUGAAGGCCGACAUUCAGGGGGAAAUCCGGCUCAAGAGUUUCUUUCCCGGCUGCUCUGAGAUGCGGGUGGGCCUCACGGAGGAGUUCUGCGUGGGCAAGAUGGAGCUUCGGGGCUAUGGCAUGGCCAUCCACGUGGAUGAGUGCUCCUUCCACAGCUCUGUGAAGCUGGAUGAGUUUGAGCGCAGCCGCAUCCUGCGUGUCAAUCUGAGUCAAGGGGAGGUGACCCUGAUGCAGUACCAGCUGGCCAAUGGCAGCCCCAUGACUCUGCCUUUCCACCUCUUCCCCACGGUCAGCCAUGAGCCUGGCAGCCGGGUGCAAGUCUACCUCAAGCUCCGCUGCCAUCUUCCCCCCAAGAGCCAUGCCGUGAACGUCCGUGUCCACCUCCCCGUCCCCAAAGCUGUGCUCAGCCUCUCCCAGGAACUGAGCAGCCCUGAGCAGACGGCCACCUUGCAGGCCACCACCAAGUCCAUUGAGUGGGUCGUGCCCCGCAUCCAAGGGGGCUCCCAGCUUUCUGCCCUCUUUAAGCUGGAGGUGCCAGGGCUGAGCCGGGCAGGGCUGCUGGAGCUGGGCCCCAUCAACGUCUCCUUCGAGGUGCCGUCCUACACCAGUUCAGGGCUGCAGAUCCGCUUCCUCCGCUUCGUGGGGCCCCAGCCCAGCUUGCUCCAUCGCUGGGUGCGCUAUGUGACCCACAGCGAGUCCUACGUCAUCCGCCUCAAUGCGGGGUAGAGCCUCUGCCUUGGCCAGGCUGCCCUCCUCCCUCCCAGGACAGAGAGGGACAACCUGGAGGCAGUCUCUUUGCACAACCAACUUUAUUCCUGAACAGACAUGAACAGCCAGAACGGCUGCCCAGAACUCAACAAACCGUUCAACAGCAAACAGCCUCGCUUGCUCGCCUGCCUUCCAAGGGAGGGGUCCUGGGAGAAAGCCCAAACACCAAACUAGGGCCCCCCAACCUGGCCCUAAGGAACGAGGUGGACACUGAUGCUGUGCCCUCAGAGGAGGAGGGUCACAGUCUGGGAUGGUGUUGCUCCACGGCAGGCAGACGGGACGCGGCACAAACUCUUUCAGGAAUGACAGGCAGAACCACAGCCUCAGGCCUCCUGGAGAGGGAGAGAAAGUGGGGGCAUGGGGGCUGUGGACGGAUUCAUGCCACUCUUCCCACGAGGCUUGUAUCCUACUAACCCUGGGGCCUGAACAGAGUCUUGCAGUGCAGAACCA